CGAGGGCCGCCGAGCGCUGACGAGCCCGGCCGAGGGCUGACUAGGGUUGAGCGUAGUCCGCCCGCGCCAUGGGUCCGGUGGUGGAGCGGCCGGCCGAGCCGGGCACGAGCAGCAGCGUGGCGGAGCUGGAGCUGCUGAAGCAGCGCGCAGCGGAGCGCAUCGACGAGGCGGCCGAGCGCCUGGGCGCGCUGAGCCGCGCCAUCUGGAGCGCGCCCGAGCUGGCCUACGAGGAGCACGGCGCGCACCGGGAGCUCACACGCUUCUUGGAGCGUGAGCCUCCGGCCGCCUCCUGGGCCGUGCAGCCGCACUUCGGGCUCCCCACCGCCUUCCGUGCCGAGUGGGCGCCGCCGGAGGCAGCCGCGGGGCCCGGCGCGCUGCAGCUGGCCUUCCUGUGCGAGUACGACGCGCUGCCCGCCCUGGGCCACGCCUGCGGCCACAACCUCAUAGCCGAGGUCGGGGUGGCGGCGGCGCUGGGCCUGCGGGCUGCGCUGGAGGGCGUCGCUGCACCGCCGCCGGUCAAGGUCGUUGUCCUGGGAACCCCUGCUGAAGAAGACGGUGGUGGCAAGAUCGACUUAAUCAAAGCAGGUGCCUUUAAAGACCUUGAUGCUGUUUUCAUGGCUCAUCCAUCUCAAGAGGAUGCCGCCUAUCUGCUGGAUGUGGCCGAGCGUGACGUUACUGUGAAAUACUAUGGAAAGGCGUCUCAUGCCGCUGCUUACCCUUGGGAGGGAGUGAAUGCCUUGGACGCUGCGGUUCUCGCCUAUAACAAUCUCUCUGCGUUAAGACAACAGAUGAAACCAACCUGGAGACUUCAUGGUAUAAUAAAAAACGGUGGUGUAAAACCCAAUAUCAUCCCCUCUUACUCUGAAUUAAUCUAUUACUUCCGUGCACCCUCAAUGAAAGAGCUUCAAGUUUUGACCAAAAAGGCAGAAGAUUCCUUCAGAGCUGCAGCUUUGGCUACAGGCUGCACAGUAGAAAUUAAAAGUGAAGCACACGAUUAUUACAACGUUCUUCCCAAUAAGACACUGUGCAGUGCGUAUAUGGAGAAUGGGAAGAAGCUGGGAAUGGAGUUCAUCUCAGAGGAUGCAAUGUUGAACGGGCCGUCAGGCUCUACUGAUUUUGGAAAUGUCAGUUUUGUGGUUCCUGGGAUCCACCCGUAUUUUUACAUUGGGACUGACGCCUUGAAUCACACGGAACAGUACACAGAGGCCGCAGGAUCACAAGAAGCUCAGUUGUACACUUUGCGUACAGCCAAAGCUCUGGCAAUGACUGCGCUGGACGUCAUCUUUAAGCCUGAGUUGCUGGAAAGAAUCAGAGAGGAGUUUAAAUCGAAGCUUCAAGAAGAACAGCUUUUAAAUACACCCGCGUAGGAAGAGGACUUAGGGACUGCUCAGGAAGCGUUGGGUUUGCGUGUUUGUUUUUGACCUCGAACAUUUUUUCAAUGCAAGAGAGCAUGCUUGAUUUCCACUCUUGGUAGGUGAGGGCAGGAUGGAGCGAAGACACUAAUGGAGUUUGUGAUAUUUCAGGUGUUGGUAUGUGAUACCAUUUCUUAAGCUAGAUGUUAUGUGAUUCUGUACCAUGGUACGGUAAUGUUUUGUAAAUGUCUCUUUCGUAUGGUUUUAUGCGAUUCUGUACCAUGGUAAGGUAAUGUUUUGUAAAUGUAUCUUUCCUAUGGUUUUUUAAGUCCCACAGGUUUCAAAACUUAACACUCAUGAACUCUGUGGUCCAGAGUAGUGAAUGUCUUCUCAGCAGUUUAAAGUUAGGGGCUUUUGUUUUAAGUCUAACUGUAUCUGUCUUGGUCUAGAGAAACACUUAAACAUAGCUUGUAGAACACACCUAGAAUCUCCAGUACAGAAAAUUAGCUUUCUUGUAACUUUUUUUUAAAGAGAAUGUCCUUGAUUUCCAUGUAAUUACUCCAAGAAGCGGCAGAGGAGGAGCAGCGGUCAGUACCAGGAAAAAUGACAGGGAGACAGGGUUUGGGUUUCCAGUGGGGUGGGCUGUUGUGUGGUAGCCCAGGAUGUUACAAGAGUUGGGAGAGGAAUAGCGGCUGGUGUGCUCUGUUCCCCAGUGUCCUGUGCUGGUUCCUGUCACCCGGCAGCCCGCUGCCCACAGAAGCUCCCCCCCCCAACCCUGCUGGCCCAUAGUGAAAUCUGCCUGGGAAGGCGGCCUCUGUGUCCUCGUGCGGGGACUGAGUGAGGUCUCUAGCCUUUUCUCUGGAGUCGUCUGUUGCCUUCUCAGCUCACUUUGUGCUUUGUGUCACCAGAGCGCUUACAGAACUACAAAAGAGUUCUCAUCAUGAGAAACCCAGGAUUUUACCUGGACGUUGGAAACCCUUCGGUUAUGCCAGUAAUAAUCCUGGAAUGGGGGAGUCACAUCAAUGACCAGUUUCUCGUGGUUCUUACUUGGGCUUGAGUUUCUUUUUGGUGGCUGACUUUGGGACGAGUUUUCCGUCUGUUCCCAUCUUCCCUUUCUUCCUGCCGCGGCUGCUGCCUCUCCAGUGCUGGGGUUGUACGCAUGCGCACGCCCAACUGCCGCUAGUGUGAACUUCUUGCCCACGAUUAAAGAGUGCAAGGCUGUAAAACAAACUCUUGGGCACUAGUGUUCGUUAUUGUCAGUCGAGCCUUCAGGUUUAGGGGGCGCUCCAGAAAUGGAAACGGAAGGAGGCGGCCAAGUGCAUUUCCUUCUGUGGAGGAAGCCAGUCACUUGCCCAGCUUUCACUUGCAGGGUUGAUCUCCGGAACUCCUCCCAGCCUCGAGCUCCCGUUGGAUGUGUUGUGUAGAGGGUUAACACCCAAGAACUGCUCUCUGCUCUUCCCUGACUCGAUCUGGGCCUGGUGUCUGCCUGCUUACUUGCCUUUGUGCGGCCAGAAUAGCUUUUGCAUUUUCAGAGGUUAAAAAACGCACCACCACAAAACAUGGAGUAUUUACCGUCUGGCCCUUCUCAGAAAAACCGACCAGCCCACUCCAUCGGACAGUGUCUGGUUCCCGCCCUGUCAGAUGUCCUGGGUAAACUUCAGGCCUGUAUUGAAGACACUUGAGUGUGUGGAUGGGGCUCCCUGACGUAGUGACCUGCACUAUUCUGCUGUCAGCUCUGUCCUGCUAAACAGAAGCCUAGUGCUGCUUCCCUCAUCCAGUAAGUCCUCAGACUUCUCUGCACACCACCCUUCUGUCUCUCAGAGCAGCAGUGAGACCGCGCUCCUUCAUGACACCUCUGUCUGGAUAGUCACAGCUGAGUUCACACAUUUGGUAUCGUUUUAUAGAAAGAGGGGUGUCCUUGAAAGCUGCAGUCAAGGACUAAGACAGCCACAGAUGUGGGUUAUGUUGAUGGAGCUCUUCCCCUCAGUAACAGGUAUGAGUUUCUCACAUCCUAAGGAACAGGUGUUCUCUGGUUGUUUGGCUUUGGCUUUUGCAGCGCUGGACACUGAGGCCAGGGCUUCACACAUGCAAGAGCAGGUCUGUAGCACUGAGCUGCGUCCCCAGCCCAGGGCAGGACAUUGGUUUCACCUCCUAAGACCUUGACAGAAUCCCACAACAGCGGUUGUUACUGACACAUCCCAUCCUCUGCAGAUGGUCACAGCUGUUUCUCAUGUCUGUGUUCUGUGUUUGGUUUACCUUUUUAGAGUAAAAUUAAGCUUUACUCAUGUAUGAACAAUGUCACUUUUAGGUAAGGAAGGGCGGCGCUGUUUUUCUUUCUGCUUGGUUCCCGAGGAGGUUGCUGUCGUCUUGCCGAGGGUCUUGCUGCCGCUUUGACGAGUCUGCCCUCACACUCCAGCCCAGCCUGAGUAGCUGGACGGAGGGGCGUGCCAUUGUGCACGGCCUUAGCUCUUUGUUCUCAAGAGGGGGAUGCUAGCUUCUAGAAAGCUGAUGAGACUUAAAUGUGGAGUGCUGUAUUUUUGUUGUUUUUAAGAAUGCCAUCACGUUUUCCCCGGACGUGGAUUUGAUGAGACUUUAAUCACUUAAUAGAGUCUGUAAUUCAUGCUUUUGCACUAGAUUCUCUAUCUGAAGUCAGUGUCUGUGUGAGGUGGUUAGACUUUUCAUAUCUGGCAUAGUUGCUAACUUCUGGAUUGACUACCUACUUCCUUGGAAUCACCCAGGUUCAGACGCGUUCUAGUGGCUCCUGAUCACAAGAUAAGUGUUCAUCCCGUGAUGGGAGCUUUCUCAUGACACCCAGAGCAGAAAAGGGAUGGCUGGGGUUACUUUUCUAAAAUACACAAACCUGAUCCAUCUCCCGACAAGGUUACGCUUUUUAACAUGAGAAGAUUUUUUAAAUCUUGACUUAGUUUCUGACAGUCAUCUGUCAGUGGGUCAGUGGGCCUGAUUGAGUUUUUGUUGUUUGGAAGUGGUGUUCUCUUCCAGUGGUUUACAGUCUCGCAUCACUUACACCAUGUGCUGAAGCCUUUUCCUCAGAAGUCACCUGGGGGCAUAUGUGUGUGCGUGCGCGUGCUUUUGUGUGUGUGUGUGUGUGUGUGUGUGUAGAGCGCAUGCUUGGGGGUGGAACCCAAAUAGAGUUAUACAGUUCCUUUAGGUUUCAUAUGCACCGGCCAUGUACACACAGCAUGAGGGAAAGUCUGUUCAGUGUUUUAGUGUGCCUGAGAUUUGACUGACCUGUUCACAGAGGCCAGUUGUGCAGUUAUCCACCUAGGUCAUGCCACUCAAAAAGGUUUGGAUUUUGGAGCAUUUUGGACUUGAGGUUAGGUGUGUUCAACCUGUACUGUUAACUAGUAAGUUGCUAGGUAUUCUAUGAAUGUAGCUAAUAUUUAGCUUUCCUCAAAAUUUUUGAACUGAUUUUUAGUCUUAAUAAAUUCUCCUUAUUGAAUGAACUA